AUGUUCAGUCGGCUUCGUCGUGGUAAGGAGGGUGAGCAGUUUAACCAAUGGGCGUUGGAAUAUGGCCCUGUAUAUUCUUUUCGCUACCUCUUCUCGAAGGCUACUGUUCUCUCUGGCGUCCCUGAGAUAGAGCAAGUCCUUAAGGCCCGUCCGCAUGACUUCAUCAGGAGGUUUCGGGUGAAGCGCUCCUUUGAUGGUAUUGGCGCUCACGGCCUGUUCAGUGCUGAAGGGGAGGAGUGGCGGGAGCUGAGGCGUCUCACUGCGCCUGCCUUCAACGAUAAGAAGGUCAACGAGCAAGCUGCUCCGAUAAUUGAGGAGGCUGUGAGAGAGAUGAUGGAAAAAUGGAGGGCCCAGGGAUCGAACCGGGUACCUAGUCUAGUAGGCACAAUACAGGAGGAUCUCAAUAAGCUGACUCUGGAUGUGAUAUGCCGUUUGACCCUCGGCCGUGAUCUGGGCUUCCAGAAGGGCUCGAAUGACGCCGUGCAAGAGGACAUCCGAGUAGCUAUCGAAAAGGACCUGCCUCAGCUCCUCCGUGACCGUGCCCCCUGGGGCAAGAUAUGGCCCUUCAAGAAGAUAUGGAGGAUAUACGACGAGAUAACCGCCCGAGCUGGCAGGAACAGUAGAAUGCUGGCUGACUGUAUCCUUAGGCGGAAGAUGGCUAUUGCUUCUGGUCACGACACCAUCCCGGAAGAUCUUCUUCAGACGCUAGUCCAACACUUUACCCUAUCGGGAGCUCCUACCCUCAGCGGCUGCCUUAAAGGCAAUCUAUUGACCUUCCUCACUGCGGGCAGCGAGACUACUGCUGGUACGGCGAGUUACCUGCUUUGGUAUUUGGCGAGAUACCCUACAGUGCAAGACAAACUCCGACAGGAGUUAGCAGCUGGCUCGGGUAGUGUCUUGGAUAAGACUAAGUUCCCCUACUUGCAUGCGUGCGUGAUGGAGGUCCUCAGGCUACGGCCUGCCGCCUACACUCUUGUACUAGAGACGGCUCGUCCUGGUGUGCUCUUGUGUGGUUCACCUCUACCUAAGGGUAGUGUUAUUGUUUGUAAUCUCUACGGGGCGAUGGUCCUCACGUACGGCUCGGAAUUUCAACCAGAUCAGUGGCUUGAUCCCAGUAGUGCUAUCUAUAAGGACCUUCUGAAGGGUACUGACCUGCUAUCGUUUGGUUUUGGCCCCAGGGUCUGCGUGGGUAGACAGUUGGCGAUCGCUGAGCUUGCUAUAAUGCUUGCGGCUAUCGUCACACACUUCCAACUGCAGCUCCCGGAUGAGGAAAGUCUACAUCUUGCACAGCACCCUAGGAGUAUCUUUAGGUUGACUAUGAAGCCUGAGGAUGACAGCAUACGCCUCGUAUUAGUCCCAGUGACGUGA